AUGAAGCCCGAAGUCGAGCAGGAGCUGGCUCACACCCUGCUCGUCGAGCUCCUCGCAUACCAGUUUGCCUCGCCGGUGCGGUGGAUCGAGACCCAGGAUGUCAUUUUGGCUGAGAAGAGGACGGAGCGCAUUGUUGAGAUUGGUCCGGCCGACACGCUAGGUGGAAUGGCCCGGAGGACCCUCGCAUCGAAAUAUGAAGCCUACGAUGCCGCCACGUCCGUCCAGCGUCAGAUCCUCUGCUAUAACAAGGAUGCAAAGGAGAUAUACUACGAUGUCGAUCCAGUCGAGGAUGAGCCUGCUCCAGCCCCUGAAGCUGCCGCUACCGGUGCUGCGAGUGCCCCUGCGGCUCCCGCUCCGGGCCCAGCAGCUGCGGCCCCAGCUCCAGCGGCUGCUCCAGCACCGUCGGCUGGCCCUGCUGCGGCUGUGGAGGACGCUCCCAUCACUGCGGUUGAGAUUGUGAGAUCGCUUAUCGCCCAGAAAUUGAAAAAGGGACUCGCAGAUGUUCCCCCUAGCAAAGCAAUUAAAGAUCUAGUAGGAGGAAAAUCCACAUUACAAAAUGAAAUCUUGGGUGACCUUGGAAAGGAGUUUGGUUCUACGCCCGAACGGCCUGAAGAUACCCCUCUCGACGAACUCUCUUCCUCUCUCCAGGCCACUUUCAACGGCCAGCUUGGAAAACAAUCCUCAUCUCUUAUUGCGCGACUGGUUUCUUCCAAGAUGCCGGGUGGUUUCAAUAUUACCGCUGUCCGCAAGUAUUUAGAAUCUCGCUGGGGUCUGGGUCCUGGUCGACAAGACGGUGUUCUCCUCUUUGCUCUCACCAUGGAGCCCGCUUCCCGUAUUGGCUCUGAGACUGAUGCGAAGGCGUACUUUGACGACAUUACGAAUAAAUAUGCUACUAAUGCUGGAAUAACACUGUCUACGGCCAAGGCUGGAGGUGACAGCGGUGGCGGCUCAGGAGGCAUGAUGAUGGAUCCUGCCGCUAUCGAUGCGCUAACCAAAGACCAGAGAGCUCUCUUCAAACAGCAACUAGAAGCCAUUGCAAGAUACCUUAAGAUGGACCUCCGCGCUGGAGACAAAGCUUUUGUUGCAUCUCAGGAGUCCCAGGCCACUCUCCAGGCCCAGCUUGACCUCUGGCAGAUAGAGCAUGGUGAAGUGUAUGCCUCUGGUAUCGAGCCUUCCUUCGACCCUCUCAAGGCCAGAGUAUACGACUCGUCUUGGAAUUGGGCUCGCCAGGACGCUCUCAGCAUGUACUAUGAUAUCAUUUUCGGCCGUCUUCGCGUCGUUGACCGUGAAAUUGUCAGCCGGUGUAUCCACAUCAUGAACAGAUCCAACCCGCUCCUUCUUGACUUUAUGCAGUACCAUAUCGAUAACUGCCCGACCGAGCGUGGAGAGACCUAUAAGCUAGCCAAGGAGCUUGGAUGUAUGCUGAUCGAGAACUGCAAGGAUGUUCUCAACGCCGAUCCAGUAUACAAAGACGUUGCAGUCCCCACCGGACCCCAGACAACCGUAGAUGCUAGGGGAAACAUUAAAUACCAGGAAGCCACACGACCAAGUGCUCGCAAACUCGAAGACUACGUCCGUGCUAUGGCCCAGGGAGGACCCAUCUCUCAAUACAGCGGCCGCACAAAAGUACAAAACGACCUCAAGAAUGUUUAUAAAAUGAUUCAAAAACAACAUAAACUUUCCAAGGCUUCACAACUACAGUUCAACUCACUUUAUAAGGAAGUUCUGCGAACCUUGGCCAUGAACGAACGCCAAAUCAUGCCUAGACAGAACGGCCACACUAGAAAGGGAACGCCUGCCAACGGAUCUCUCUCUCCUCCUGCCACCUCUGGCAAGGUUGAGACGAUCCCCUUCUUGCACCUUAAGAGGAAAACGACUCACGGGUGGGAGUACAGCAAGAAAUUGACUGGCAUCUAUCUUGAUGGGCUCGAGUCUGCUGCUCGGUCAGGUCUCACCUUCAGUGGCAAGAACAUCCUGAUGACUGGUGCUGGCGCUGGCUCUAUUGGCGCCGCUGUUCUACAGGGAAUGAUCAGUGGUGGAGCUAAGGUUGUUGUGACUACCAGUCGCUUCUCGAGGGAAGUUACUGAGUACUACCAAACAAUGUACACACGAUACGGCGCUCGAGGGUCCCAACUUGUUGUCGUCCCAUUUAACCAGGGAAGCAAACAGGACGUUGAAGCUCUUAUUCAGUACAUCUACGAUCCUAAGAAUGGGCUUGGAUGGGAUCUAGAUCACAUUGUUCCGUUUGCUGCUAUUUCUGAAAACGGCCGUGAGAUAGAUUCUAUUGACUCCAAGUCGGAACUGGCCCAUCGUCUUAUGUUGACAAAUAUUCUCCGUAUGAUUGGUGCUGUCAAGUCCCAGAAACAUGAGCGGGGUUUUGCAACCCGUCCGGCUCAGGUUGUCCUCCCCAUGUCUCCCAACCACGGAACCUUCGGAAACGACGGUCUUUAUUCCGAGUCAAAGCUUGGUCUAGAGACCCUAUUUAACAGAUGGUACUCUGAGAAUUGGUCCGACUAUCUCACCAUUUGCGGAGCUGUUAUUGGUUGGACUCGUUCUACCGGUUUGAUGAAUGCCAAUGAUACCAUCGCCGAAGGUGUUGAAAAGCUUGGUGUUCGUACCUUCUCUCAACAAGAAAUGGCUUUUAACUUGCUCGGACUUAUGGCGCCACCUAUUGUUGAUCUCUGCCAGAGUAACCCUGUGUUUGCGGACCUGAACGGUGGUCUGCAAUUCAUUCCUGAUCUCAAUGGGUUGAUGAAGAAGCUUCGCAGUGAGAUUGUCGAGACCAGCGCUGUCAGACAGGCAGUUAUGAAAGAAACUGCCCUCGAGAAUAAGAUUGUUAACGGCGAGGACAGCGAGGCUCUGUAUAAGAAAGUCAUUACUGAACCUCGUGCCAACCUCAAAUUCGAAUUUCCGAGUCUGCCUGAUUGGAAGACCGAAGUUGAGCCUUUGAACGGCGACCUCAAGGAUAUGGUCAACUUGGAUAAAGUCGUUGUUAUUACCGGAUUUGCCGAAAUUGGACCAUGGGGUAACUCCCGUACCCGCUGGGAGAUGGAGGCUUACGGAAAGUUCUCUCUUGAGGGCUGCAUCGAGAUGGCAUGGAUGAUGGGCCUUAUUAAGAACCAUAACGGCCCUCUUAAAGGUAAACCAUACUCUGGUUGGGUUGAUACCAAAACUGGUGAACCAGUUAGCGACAAGGACGUUAAAGCCAAAUACGAGAAGUAUAUUUUGGAGCACUCUGGCAUUCGUAUUGUCGAGCCUGAGCUGUUCGGUGGAUACGAUCCCAAUAAUAAACACCUUUUGCAAGAGGUUGUUCUGCAAGAGGAUCUCGACACUUUUGAGGCAUCCAAGGAGACCGCUGAGGAAUUCAAGCGUGAACAUGGUGACAAGGUUGAGAUUUUCGAAAUCAAGGACUCCGGAGAGUAUACUGUCCGUCUACUUAAGGGGGCUACUCUUCUUAUUCCCAAAGCUCUUAAGUUUGACCGUUUCGUCGCUGGCCAGAUUCCUACAGGCUGGGACCCUAAGCACUAUGGAAUUCCUGAUGACAUUAUCAGCCAGGUUGACCCAGUCACCCUCUACGUGCUCGUUUGUACCGUUGAGACUCUUCUUGCAUCUGGUGUCACGGAUCCAUAUGAAUUCUAUAAAUAUGUUCAUAUUUCCGAGGUUGGCAACUGCAUUGGCUCUGGUAUUGGAGGUGCUCAAGCUCUUCGCGGUAUGUACAAGGACCGUUACCUUGACAAGCCACUCCAAAAGGAUAUCCUUCAAGAGUCCUUUAUAAAUACUAUGAGUGCCUGGGUAAACAUGUUGCUCCUUUCAUCAACUGGCCCUAUCAAGACGCCAGUUGGUGCUUGUGCCACUGCUGUUGAAUCCGUAGACAUUGGUUACGAGACCAUUGUUGAAGGGAAGGCUCGCGUCUGCUUUGUUGGUGGAUUUGAUGACUUCCAAGAAGAAGGCUCUUACGAAUUCGCCAAUAUGGGCGCCACCAGCAAUGCGGAAUCUGAAUUGGCUCACGGUCGAACACCAAAGGAGAUGUCUAGGCCCACCACCACUACUCGUAGUGGAUUCAUGGAAUCUCAGGGGUGUGGUAUGCAAUUGAUUAUGAGUGCUCAACUUGCCCUGGACAUGGGUGUUCCAAUUUAUGGUAUAGUGGCUCUUACCACCACAGCUACUGAUAAGAUUGGCCGUUCAGUUCCUGCUCCCGGUAAGGGAGUAUUGACCACUGCUCGUGAGAACCCUGGAAAGUUCCCCUCGCCACUACUUGACAUCAAAUACCGACGCAGGCAGCUGGACAUGCGCCGUCGCCAAAUUCGAGCAUGGCGUGAGUCUGAGAUUCUUGGUCUCCAAGACGAGAUCGAUACUCUGAAGGCCCAGUCUGAUGAAACCUUCAACGCUGCUGAAUACCGACAAGAAAGAUUCGAACAUAUUGAGCGCGAGGCCAUCAGACAAGAAAAGGACGCUGCAUUCAGCUUAGGUAAUAACUUCUGGAAGCAAGAUUCUAGAAUAGCUCCCUUGCGAGGUGCCCUCGCCACUUGGGGCCUCACUAUUGACGAUGUUGAUGUGGCUUCGUUCCAUGGCACCUCUACCGUGGCCAAUGAUAAGAAUGAGUGUGAUGUCUUGUGUCAGCAGAUGAAGCAUCUUGGCCGAAAGAAGGGUAACGCUCUCUUGGGUAUUUUCCAGAAGUAUCUCACCGGUCAUCCAAAGGGUGCUGCUGGUGGCUUCAUGAUCAACGGAUGUCUUCAGGUUCUCAACACCGGUCUUGUCCCUGGCAACCGUAAUGCCGACAACAUUGACAAGGUUAUGGAGAAAUUCGAUUACAUUGUCUACCCCAGCCGCAGUCUGCAGACCGAUGGUAUCAAGGCCUUCUCUGUGACGUCCUUCGGCUUUGGUCAGAAGGGAACCCAAGCCAUCGGUAUCCAUCCCAAGUACCUCUAUGCUACCCUUGAUGAGGCUCGAUACGUAUCCUAUAAGGCUAAGGUUGAGGCUCGUCAGAAACGUGCCUACAGAUACUUCCACAAUGGCAUGAUUAACAACACUCUCUUCGUUGCGAAGGACAAGUCGCCGUAUGAAGACAACCAGGAAUCCAGUGUCUAUCUAAACCCCGAUGUCCGUGUAGAGUACAACGACAAAGAGUCCAAGCUACAGUACCCUGUUCAUUCGAAGCCCAAGGCACCAACCCCCGUCAGCAAAACCGAAAGCACAAAGAAGAUGGUCGAGACUCUUGCGAAGGCCACUGGAACUGGCAAUACCAAGAUUGGUGUCGACGUGGAGGAUAUUGAGUCUUUUAAUAUCUCGAACGAGACCUUUAUUGACCGCAACUUCACCCAGCGGGAGAAGGAAUACUGUUCUCAAGCAGGCUCCGCACGAGCAUCCUUUGCAGGCCGAUGGAGCGCAAAAGAAGCCGUAUUCAAGUCCCUCGGUGUUCGUGGCAAGGGAAGUGGUGCUCCCCUCAAGGAAAUUGAAAUCAUCCAUGAUGACAACGGUGCUCCAGUUGUAGUGCUACACGGUGAUGCCGCUGCCGCUGCUAAGGAGGCCGGCGUCAAGGAGGUGCAUGUCAGCAUCACUCAUAGUGAUGCUCAAGCCAUCGCCAUUGCUCAAUCCCACUUCUAA